AUGAGUGAGCAGCAAAAAUUCACACGCCCACCAUCGUCACGCCAGCCAUCGUCACGCCAGCCAACUGGCAUGCGCCCACCAAGCUCUAGAUCACGCAUUGGUGGUGAUGUUGGCCUUUUCAAUCAAAGAAUCAACACAUCAAACAAAACAAUAGAAGUUCAAGGUUUACCUAGUGCACAUAAAACAAUAGGCACAAGACAGGUAGCAGAUAACAAAUUUUACAUUGGUAUUCUUCGUAAGCGUAUUAAUGAAAUAGUCGCAGAAAUUGAAAGACUCAAAGACGAAAAUGAGACUCGUAGAAGAGGCCAAGCUAUAUCAGUUUCACUACAGCAAGAGGUUGGCGACCUUAGAAACCAGAUCGCUCAACAAGAAGCUGAAUUAGCAGAUUAUAACGUGCUGGCUGAUAGAUUGUCUACCAAAGUCUCAUACGAUGAAAUGCAAAAGGCUCUCAAUGACUUAAUACAAUCCAACUCCCAACUAGAAAAGGAAGCAGACAGAUUGUAUCGUGAGAGAAAAGAUCUCGAUGCCAUCGUUACUGAUCAGGAAAAUCAAGUCCAGGAGAUGAUGCGUGGCAAUGGAUCACCUCAAUUACAAGAAAUGGUUAAAGAGAUUGAUUCUCUUGAAGAACAAUGCCGCGAACUUCGUGGAAAAACAGGAGAUCUUUCAGGAAAAUCACGUGAAGAGCUCCUUCAGAUUGUUAAAGAUACAACAUCUAAGAUUGGAGAUAUUGAUAAGGCUAUUCAAGAUGAAAAUAAGAGUUUACAGUUCGUUGAUCAGCAGAUCAAGAACCUUGAAGCUCGUGAAGCAGAUCAGAAUACAGAAAGAGGCAAAAAGUACUUAGUUUUGCUUCAACGUGAAAAAGAUAUGAAUAAUUUCAUCAAGAACUAUCCAACAACACUCGAUACAGCUCAAAAAGAACUUGCAGAAGCUCAAAAGCGCGUUAUCGAAGUACUUACUACUACAUCUCGCGAUUUGGAAACUUUAGAUAAGCUCCCAACGCUUGAAAACUUCCAUCAAUUACAGGCAGACCUCGAAUACAAGGCCAAACAGAUGACAGAUGCCCAAGCUACUGCUCAGGCUCUUCAGGCUGAAGUCGAACAGCGUCGUCGUGAAUUAGAAGACCUCCAGAACGUCGAUGAAAAGAUCAGACAAGAAGAACAGUCCAUAGAGAAGCAGAUAAAGAAGAUGAAUGCCGAAUUACCACAGUUCCAAGACGUAGAAACAAUCAGACAAGAAGGAGAACUUAGAAAACAACAAAAAGAAGCAGAAAGAGACUCCCUCAAAGAGCAAUUUAAGAAUAUUAGAAAGGCAACAAAUGCUUUAGCUACACAAUACAACGAGGCUAAAGCAAACCUCAGAACAAAUGAACAACAGACGAAACUUCACCAACUUGAAAAAGAUUUGCAGAGCAAGGCACAGGAAAGUGCCGAAAUUAUAGAGCAUAUUGAGCAAGAAAGAAGAAAGACAAACUAUGCAAUGGUUAAACGCCAGGCCUUAGCAAUUGUUAAUGAAAUCAACCAGGGUCUUUAA